UGUACUUGUACACUCCCUUUGUUUCCACAGAAUAUUUUUUUCCAGAGAAAAAGUUUGCAAUGGAAAACAUUUUCCGGAAAAAAUGACUUGUUUUCCUGUGUUUGGUUACGGCUUUGAAAAUGUUCUUAGGAAUAUUUUAUAACGUUUGGCUUGUACAGAAAAUCAUUAAUAUUAAAUGUAUGCAAGAUGGUGGUGGUGAUGGAGGCUAUGGUCGAGGUGGAUUGGUGGUAGUGGUGGUGGUAGUGAUGGCAGUGGUGUUAGUGGCACAUAGGAAUAUAGGAGAUGAGGUGAGGACACAAGGGAAUGGUGGAAAAUGAUUUCCAGAUUUUGUGUUAUUUUCCCUUGACUUCGAAAUUUUUUUUCCAUUGACUAUGAUUUUUUGUCUAUAAAAGUGCCAAACAUCAGUCCUUCCUUACUGAUACUUGAUUGUUGGUACUUUUUAUUGUAAAAUUUGGACUGAUGUUUUAGGUAUUUUUGUAGCUAAUAACAUAUGAAGUGAUACAUCAACUGUCUCCAAAAAAAAUUAUCACUUUUAGUGUUGAUCAAUGAACACUCAAGAAAGGAGCUCUCCAUUCAUUGGUACCAUCAACUGUUAUGGAUGUGUAGAAAAAGGCUAUCUGGGGAAGCAAUUGGAGGGAUCAUUUGUAGAAGUUCUUUGUGGAUUCUGUCCUUGGAAAAGGUCAAAUGUCAGUUUAAAUAAGUAUUUUGGGGCUCAUAGAUGGAUCAUGUUUGUGGAGUUUCUCUAUCUAUAGACAGUUUAAAUUAUUUUCUUUUUUAUAAGUAGCAAAUAAUCUCCAGUUUAGAAAUUUCCUUUUGGUCCAAAGUCCCACUGAUUUUGAAAUUGCCUCACUUUCUAUCAAGUCUGCUGAUUUUGUAACCUUCGUGGGGGUGCAAAGGGGUUCACAGCUAUUAAAGAUGAUUGAGGAUAAAAGCGAGUCUUGAAUUCUAAUAGGAUUGCCUAAAAGUUUAUCAUCCAGAAUGUGUGGGAAAGGAUGAUUCAUUCAUGGAGAAUGAAGAGCCCUGGAAUUGUAAUAGACAUUCUUGCUUAAUAUGCCAAAACACAGCAAAAUUUUAUUGUGUUUGCUGUCCAAAUGCGGUAUGUGGAUGUUGCAUUGGUGAAGUUGAGUUUGCACCUGUUAAAGGGAAGAAAGGAUUCUGUGACAACUGUUUGGAGCUUCUUCUUCUUGCUGAACAAAAUGCCGAUUAUGAUUCUGAUGGGGAAAAGGUGGAUUUCAAUGACCGAGAAACAUAUGAAUGUCUAUUUAAGGAAUAUUGGGAUAUAAUAAAAGGAAGAGAAGGCUUGACUGUCGACAAUGUGUAUUCUGCAGAUGCCCAGUUAAAGAAGAGAGGACGCUGCUCUGAUUCAGUUAGAAUAGGCAAGGCCAAAGAAUGUAAAAAACUGAAAAUCUCUGAGAAGGCAUUAGGAAAAAAGAAGGUGUCUAAAGCAAUAGAAUUUAUAGGAUGGGGAUCAAGCCCUCUCAUUAAGUUCCUCACAUCCAUUGGUAAAGAUACAACCAAACAAUUAUCACAAUAUGAUGUGGAGUCUAUCAUCUCUGGAUAUAUUCAAGAGAAAAACCUUUUUCACCCAAAAAAGAAGAGGAGGAUACUUUGUGACCCAAUGCUGUAUUCUCUCUUCAGAAGGAAAUCAGUGGAUAAGAACCAAAUAUAUAGUCUCCUGGACAUCCAUUUUGUUGCUAACUUGGAGCAAUCAGAAGACGAUGAAAGUGAGGAUGAAGAUGAAAUCAUUUUAGGAGAGAAAAAGAACGAAAAUAUUACAGCUGCAUUUAAGAAACAGAAAACAUUGAGCUCAAACAGAACAUGUCAGGAAGAGGAAGUGAAUCGUACUGUGAAAGAGAGUGGUUUUGCAUCUAUGGUUGCUGAAAAUUUCAAACUUGUCUACUUAAGGAAGAGCUUGGUGGAAAGGCUACUGAAGCAGCCUGAAAGUUUUGAUUGCAAGGUAGUGGGAAGUUUUGUGAGAACAAAAACAGACCCCACAGAUUAUCAGCGACGCACGUCUCAUCAGCUCUUACAAGUUAGAGGCAUAAAGAAAAACGCAAGUGAAGUUCUACUGCAAGUCUCUAAUAUGCCAAUAGACCUUAACAUCGCUAUGCUUUCUGACUGUGACUUCACUAAGGAAGAAUGCGAAGAUUUGCAACAAAUGGUUGAAAAUGGCCUUCUAAAGAAACCUACUGUUGUGGAGCUCGAACAGAAGGCAAGGAGUCUGCAUGAGGAUAUAACAAAACAUUGGAUUGAGAUGGAGCUGGUCAAAUUACAAAAAUGCAUUGAUCGGGCAAAUGAGAAGGGCUGGAGAGCAGAAUUAUUUCAAUAUUUAGACAAAAUAGAACUUCUCAAGAAACCGUCAGAACAGGAACGAUUAUUAAAUCAGGAGCCAAAGGUAAUUGCAGAGAUGGUAGAGCUCAGAUCUGAUUCUUCAGACUCCUCUGGAGAUUGAUGAACAAUAAAGUUUUUGCUGCAGUCAAUCCUCAUUGGCAAUAUCAAAACAUUCCAGCAAGUAACUAAAAAUAUGAUGGAGCUUUUCUUGCGCCUUAUUGAUCUGUACAUAAACACUGUAGGGCGCGAGAUUUGAAAACUCUUUCGGUUGUUAGAGGUAUCAAAAAGCAACCAUCCAUUUCAUUUUGAAUGUCUGAUCCCUUUUGUUUCUGAUCAGCCAAAUGUGUAGUAGUUGAAGGUCUGUACCAUGUAAUGUAAAGAUGGAGGUGUACUUAGCUUUUCCUUACAAAACAUGUGUUAUAAAACCAAUGGAAAUUUUCAUUUGCAUAA